CAGACAGCACAGGAGAAGAAUCCACGGCACACCGCCCUGAUUGUUCGAGAGCUAGAGAGGCAGCUGUGACUGCCCACCUCUCGGUGCUUCCUUUGGAUUAGACAACCUUUCCUCAUCAAGACUCCCCGCCACCCUGUCUGUUGACCCACAGCAAUGAGGUCCCGGCUUCUGCUGCCCGUGCCCCACUUGCCAACGAUUCGGGAAACUUCAGAGGAGUUGUCACAUGGGGCACCUGAGCAGGAACCCCCAACCUCUCCCAGCCUGGAUGACUAUGUUAAGUCUAUCUGUCAGCUGGCACAGCCGACCUCAGUGCUGGACAAGGUCAUAGUCCAGAGCCAACCCCACAGACCCUACCGGCCAGCCUGGACUAGAGAGAAGAGACGCCAGGCCGAGUCUCUAGGAGACAGCCCUCCUUGCUUCAGCAGCCUACAGCCCACGCUGCCCUCUCCUGGCACUGACAACCCUCUGGACUGGCUCUUCGGGAAGUCCCAGGAACAACAGACAGAUAGAAGAGACCUACCCAAUGGGACCAGCUCUUUUGGUCACGGGGGUGUACACAAGCAGAUGGACAAGGACAUGGGGAGGCUCUGUGAGGCCAGGGUACCCGAGUACUCCCUGGGAAGGAAAUCAGGGCAUAGGCAGCAGACCUCCAACCUGAAAAGCUGGACUUCUAGAAAGUCUCACCAGGCCUCGGCCUCCGUCUCCGGCUCUCGCCCCAGCAGCCUCCUCAGUACACUCUACCUGCAUCUCCCAGUGAUCCAUGAACUUUAACCUCUCCCAGCCAAAGUUCAUGAAGAAUGUUGUGGGUCCCUGUGGCCUCCCCAGCUUCCCUCUCCUGUGGACUCCUCCUGGCAGGUCUGCAGGGACUGGGCAAUUCCUAGGGAGACCCAUCAUCUAGAGUACUGACAGGCUCCCACAAUGCAACCUGACUGGUACAUCUGUUUGUGACUGGCUGGCUGGUGACCAUGAAGGAGUGACUUGGUGUCUCUAUUCCUUGGUUUUAUCAUGGUUAAAAUGACUGUGAGCAGAGUGACCACCUCUCAGAUCGUUCUAAUGGAGAAAUGUGUGCUGUACUCCGGGUGUCCGCCAAAGUCUCAUGUGAAACCAAGGGUCAAGGGCCAAGGGAGGGGGCGGUGUCUCAGCUCCCUAAAGCAGUGGUUUCCAACCUUUCUAAUGCUGUGACCCUUUAAUAUGUUGUUCACGUUGUG